AUGUUUUCUGCUUGUGAAGACUGGAGGACAGGAACUGUGUAUGCAUCAAAUGCAUUACAGCCAACAUGCCUCAGGCACCUGCCCAUGAAUCCAGCGUUUGAAAAGGAUGACUUGGAGAGUGAAUUCCAUUUUUGGACGGAAAAUCGGAUGGUGACAUUCGAGAAAGACGGUAAAUCGUAUAGAAUGGCUAGAUAUAACGCACCGUCGAGGGGACCAAGACCAGAGUCAUAUAGAGAGGACUACGAAGUUGCUGAAAAGUUUGACACKGAAAAUGARAAAGAUGAUAUGUAUACUAGACUUAAGUCUGGCGCCGAGUCCGGAUGGGAUUAUUCGAGUAGAUGGUUUAUAAGUACUGACCAAGAUUCGGAUCCYGAUAAACUAUCGAAUGUACAUGUGCCAAGUAUUGUACCAGUCGAAUUAAACAGUAUACUAAACAAAAAUGCACGCAUAUUGAGCACGUGGUUUGGCCAGACUGGAAAUAAAUAUAAAGCCACUAAAUAUUCUAGUAUCGCACAAGAAUUUCUUAAUGGUAUACAAGAAGUCAUGUGGAGGCCGGACAGAGGUGCAUGGUUUGACUGGGAUUUAAUGAAUCAUAAGCAUCGAGAAUGUUUUUUUGUUUCCAAUGUCUCGCCUUUGUGGACAGAAAGUUAUAACAUGCCAAAAAAGUCAGUGGSCAAUGAUGUAUUGAGAUAUUUAAGAGAUGAAGGGAUUGUCGAACCAGAUUUCAGCAUAAGUUUUCAUGGUAUAAAAUUAUAA